UUUUCUUAAUUUUAAUUGUUAUUCUUUAAGUUAAUUAGUUGAUCCAAAUUGUGUUAACUGUUUUUCUUUUGGUCAACAAAACGUUCAUCUUAUUGAUUAUAUUUCCAUUGAUUUAGCUUGUUUUGUUUUUUAAUUUUCUUCUCUAUGUGAAUUUUUUUUCUUCUUCUCUCUUGUUGUUAAUAUUUAAUUUGUUAAUUUUUCUCAUUACAAUUUAUCAUAAUGUUCAAAUCUUUUUAUUCUUCUUCUUCAAAUAGAAAUUCUUUUCUUUCAAGAAGUCAAAGUACCAUUGAGGAGAAACCCGAACCUUUGGAUUUGGAUUUAAUUGAUAGCCAAUUGUUCAGUUCUAAACCAAGUUUACCUUACCGGUACUCUAAUUAUUAUAGUGGUAAUUAUAAUCGUUCUAAACCACAAACAGCCAUGAGAAGUGUUUCUCUCCUUGACUGGCCACCAAGUCAAUAUAUCGUUGACACUGGAGAACCACCACCGCCACCACCAUCACAACAACAACAACCAGGACCAACAUCAUCUUCAUCAUCAUCAUCAUUGACAAAAAUUUAUUCCACCAAUGAUACUAUUAAUAGAUUACCUUCCAAUCAUAAUCUAUAUGUUCAAAAAAAUUUGUCCAAUCAAAUCAACGAUAAUCAUCAUAACAAUAAUUCUCACCAUCACCAUAACCAUAAUCACCAAUCUCACCAACAAAUAUCAUCUCUUAAUCUUGAAUCUUACGAAACAAUUUCCAACAAUUGUGACUCUGAUUCAAAUUGUUCCUGUUACAAUAAACUCGGUGAUAUUGAUGAAGAUUCAAUCUCACCAAUUCAAGAGGAGUUUAUUCAGGUUAAUGUUUUCAUCCCUGAAUAUCUAGUUGAGUGCGCAAGAUCAAGCUUCGAGGUUUUUGUGUCGAAAAUGUGAAAAGAAAGAGAAUCGAUGUUCGAGAAAAUAAAGAAAGAGGAAAAUGAUGAACCAAAGGAAGAGAAAAGGAAGAGAAACUAUUUUCCCUUAUUAUUUACCAUAGGAAGAGAAAAAUAUUAUCCAAUUUACUCCAAGGCAUCUUCAUCUUAUCUCCAUCCUCAUCCUUAUCCUUUUAUCAACCGUUGACUUGAAACACCAAUGAGAAGAUAAUUUGUUUUUCUUUCAUGUUUUUCAUUCGGUCAGUUUGACCAUCACAAUUAGUUAACUGUCAUCACCAUUAACCUUAUUAUAUUAAUCAACUGAAAAUGUCUAAAUUAACUGAGAUUGUUUUUAUCAACCAGUUUUUGACCAGCAUCCAAAAUGAUUGUUGAUUUUUUACCAAUGUGAUGUUAUCCUUUUUGACUGUUCAUUGAUAACUGAUUAAAUUUCAACUUGAUCAGCAUAAUCAAGUUGACAAAACAAUUAGAUCAAACAAUCAAACUGAAUCAAUUUUAUAAUCAUAAAGUCUACAAUUGUGGUUAAUAAAUUCAAUGAUGUGUUACUGUGAAGAUGAUGAAAGUGUAGUUAUAUUUAAAUCCUAGUGAUUUAAACAAUUAACGAUAAAAUUGAUAAUCACCACUGAAUUUGAUAAAAGUCAACUAAUCAUCUUAGCUGAA